AAAUUAUCUAUAAAUACAUAUCCAAACCAUCUUUACUACAACAUUCACAAGUUCCAAAAAUAUCUCCAUACUUUAUAGAAGUUGAGAUCUAAAAAUGGGUAUUCUUCGGUUGCCAUCAAUGAUAACAAGUGCCAAGCAAAUUCUGAAGAAGCAAACUUUUAAUGCAAGAAAUAUUAUUGUACCUAAAGGGCAUGUUGCUGUUUAUGUUGGAGAAAAGCUAGAAAAGAAAAGAUUUGUAGUUCCGAUAUCAUACUUGAAUCAUCCUUCUUUUCAAGAUUUGCUUCGCCAAGCGGAACAAGAGUUCGGAUUCAAUCAUCCGAUGGGCGGUCUUACGAUUCCUUGUGAUGAAGAAGCCUUCAUAGAUCUCACUUCUAGGUUUUACUCAUUGUGAGAUGAAAGAAAGAAGAUACACUAAAAUGUUCAUUUUUUUUUCUUUUUUAAACAUCCCCUCCUUUUUUUCUUCCUCCCGUGAGGACAUUAUAGAGGAGGAUUGUGUAGCUACAUAUACAAAUUGUAAAUUUUUCCACACAAAGUGGAGGGCAGACUGUAUUAAUUUUUUUAUGCAAA